CCUAAACAAAAAAAUUAUAUUGCCCAACAAUCCAAAAGAGCAAGAUUCUACUUCUUGGUCGACCUUCGCCAUACCAACUGGAUUCACUCUAUUUUCCAUUCACUAUACGAUUGUAUUCUUAUCGAGCCUUCCUUAAAUACCAACAGAAGUUACCACUAAUAUGCCAGAACUACUUCGCCACAAGAAAUCGAUCACAAUGAUGAAGAUAACAACGACACCAACUGCAGUUACAGUAGGAACGCCUUCUUCUCCUUCCGCUUCUCUCUUAACAAUAACACCAACACCAACAACACCUCCAUCCAAGCCUUUACCCAUUGCAACCGCUGCAGCCAUCAUGGUGUCAACAACAACAACAACUGGCAAAGCCGCGACAGUAGCGGCAGUGCUUGGAAGAGACGAUCAAUCUUCAUCGUCUUCUGCAUCGACUUCUCCCAUCUCUUUGACAGCCUCUUCUCCAACCACAACAAUAUCACCAGCUUCGACACAGCCUCUAUCACCCAUUUUGGUCAACGGCCUCGAAACAUCAUUUUUUGACCAGGCUACAGAAGCUCUGUCGCCGCAAAGGCCAAGAUUAUCACCAUCAUCCUCGUCAUCAUCACUAUCACUAUCACUAUCAUUCUCAUCCUCACCAUCAUCAUCAUUCACUAAUCCUGAUGAACAGUCUGCCAUCCUCACUGCGGUUCUCCAUAAAAAAGAUUCGGGUACCUCAAUGGCUUCAACCGCAACAGCGGUAGAAACAGGAGCGGAAGCAGAAUCAACAGAGACAGAUGUUUAUCCUCCUGAAGUCUUUGAAGCAGGUACCAGCAAGGGAAACGACAUCACUGGCACUGCUCAUAUCAACUGCAACAGCAGGAAUUUGGCCAGAAAAGCCUCCGCAAGGCGGGUUCCUCAACCAGAUACCGCUGGUCAAUAUUCCGCCACGAUUGCCGCACCCACAGGUCGUGUCCUGACUCGUCCUCUUUCAACCUCCAAGCUCUCCUCCGAUCCAACUGCGGCGCCUCAUAUCCUUCCAAUUCAACGUAACAACCUUGCAGGAUUUAAUCUCGCCACGUUGGGGCAGCUGUCCCCCUCUGCUUCCACUGCCGCUGCAGGAGGAAUGAUGACGAUGUCACGGUCCGAGACACUAGCAUUCUUAAACGCGAACUCAAAUAACUCAUACUUCACUGUCCAUCCAGGAUCCUCAUCCCGCGUGAGUAGUCAAUAUGGGGAUUUACACGGACCAAUGCAAGGAGGGACGGGGACUUCUGGAACUGCAACACAAAACUUAGAUGGCAUUGUGUUGCCAACGACGCAACCCGGCAGUAACAGCCGAACGACCAUGUGUGGAUCUGAUGCAAUCUCAUUGUUGGACUUGGAAGACUCCCAUAAUGAUCUGGUCAUGAUCGACAGUAAUGGCAAUAGUUCCGGAAGCGGUGUAGUCGGCCCUGCUAUCGUGGGCGAGACCAUUGCCUCUGCUUCAGCAUUUGUUACAAGCAGUAGUGCCGGUAGUAAUGGUAGUGCUAACCAUCGUCAUUUAUCAGGUCCACAGCACCAUAACGGAACGCUCUCUACAUCCUCUGCAGCGCGUUUAAGCGGCAUCGUAGGGUCCGGCAGCGGAAGUGGCAACGGAGGUGGAUUGCAUUUGAGUUCAUCAUCGAGUCAUUUAGCUGGAGGGCCAUUACCUUGCCCUCCUUCUUCUUCCAAUAAUCAUAACAAUAAUAAUGGGCCGCGAGCAUCGCUUCCAUCACUGACGUCACAAGCAAAACGAGACGCGAUGCAACGUGCAGCCAUGAUUGCAGCAAUGCAGCAGAAUGGUGGAACCAAAAUUCUAGCGGCUCAGCGUGUAGGAAGGCGACAGGAUCGUCCAAGCAGGAACAUUCGCUUUGGGGAAUUCCAUCGAAUCUGCGAGAUUGAACAUGAGUUCGAUCAAGGAAAGCCUCUGAUUGCCAAUGGAAGGAUAUUGAUACACACAGCGCGUGCUUUUCGGAUUGAAGAAAACUGUGAAAAACGCGAAGAACUGUUGUAUCUGUUCUCAGAUGUCCUGGUAACGGGAACCAAACUACCAACGCUUCCAUCAGGCAAAAGCACAAACAAAAUUGACAACGAUGGCCACAAGCAGGGCCUUGAGCAGCAUAUAUCAUCCACAUCCUCAACAGCACAAAAUCACAGUGACGUAUCUAACUCUACAGAGAUAGUCAACUCUGACAACAGCGUUUCUUACAACAAAAAGGAUAUCUCAGAUGCAGUACAACAGGAGCUACUUAUGAAAACAUUUAUAGACAAAACUGAACGAAAUGCCCCAGGCUCUACAACGUCCAAUAACGAAAUGCGCUCGGAGAACCCAUAUGCUGGACAUUUGAAAAAUCAACAUAUCUCGAGAUUGACUCAAGUACAAGCGGAUGCGGUCGAAGAUGAUGAACGACCACUGCUCAAGAUCUCGGCUCCACAACUUUCGUUACUCCUACUAUUCGAAUCGACUCCAAUUCGAGAUAGCUUUUUGGCGCUGAUCAAUGAGACGAUUGUAGCCCACAAACAUCAUCUUCUCUUCCAAUCCAAGUACUUGGCAGAUCUCAAAAAGUUCAAGCGACAUUCCGCCUUCUCAUUCGACACUUCAUUCCUUAAGACCUGGGGCAUUCCUGGAGGCCUCAAUCUUGGAUCUAUCAAAAUCAACAAUAAUUUUAAUAAUGGCAGCGGUAAUGGCGCCGUUGGGCCGAAUGGUACUUCUUUCACAGCUUCGCCUGUGACCUCUCCAGGCGGUAGCGCAUUUGAUCCAUUCCAUUAUCAACAGUUCUUGAACUUGAACCGGCCGCAGUCUAUGGCAGGAAGCCUCUUUAAUUUCGCACUCAAUGGUGGAGCCUUCUCUCCGUUUACUUCUGGCGAUCAUAGCAAGGAAAGCUCCUAUGCGACACUAAGAGGAACAAGUGCAGCGAACGCGCUACAAUAUCAUCACCAGCAGCAGCAACAGAUCCUUCAACAGCAACUUAAGAACCGACCCCCCUCAUGGAUGACUGGCGCUUCAACAGGACGUCCUGGCAUUGAUAGGACCCUUUCUGGUUCAGCUUUUGAUGCUUUAUGGUUCAUGAAGGGUAACAAUGGUGGUUACGGAGGAGGCGACCAGAACAAGCCACGCAGAUCCGCUAUUGAAGUUGUCUCUGCUCCAUUCUCUUCAGCACACGGAGAUGGUGAAGGCAAGAGGAAGAAUGCAGAGGACGACAGUGAAAGCUCAGGAUCUGCAGCUUCAUCGCUUUACUCAUCUUCCUCAAGUACUAACCUCAGUAACCUUGUUGCUACCACUGCCACUGGCUCUGAAAGCAACGGUGGCGAUAAUAAGAAUAGUCAAAAUCAGGAUAACAAUAACAGUGGUAACAGUUAUAACAGCAAGCAGACCUUGAGCCGUGCCUCCGGAUACAUCCUGCCUUCCAGCAAUAAUUCGACAAUGAUGAUGACGGGAACCCUACGAAAUGGAUCAGACUGGGUGCGAGAUGAGGAUGCAGCUGUCUGUAUGGUAUGCUCAGUUACCAAGUUUGGAGUUUUGGUCCGCAAGCAUCACUGCCGAUUGUGUGGCCGAGUUAUCUGCUGGAAGUGUUGUCAAAUGAAAGGCGUAGCCCUGGUUGGUGAUGUCUCUGCAGGAAACAUGAUUCCGUCUGAACUUCGUAAACCCAUUCGUGUAUGCCUUGAUUGUAUUGAGCAAGAUGCACUCCAAGAUCAACACCAACAAAAGCAGCAGCCGCAACCACAGCAGCCACAACAACCAGAGCAAUCACAACAGCAGCAUUCUCCGGUCUCGACCUCUUUCCCAUUUCAAGGAGUUUUUGGUCGUUUGAUGAGCUCUACAAGCACAAGCCCACAACUUGUCACUUCGAUCUCUAAUACAUCGGCUAACAGUACAGUCGCGAUGUCUCAAGCUCAUUCACAGAUGCCAUUUUAUCCACGUGGAGGCCAUGGCCGAACUGGACGCUCAUAUCCGCAUCAUCAUCGCGCCUCAUUCUACAGAAUUGACGUGGAACGUGUUGGCGAAGAGGACGAGGAAGAACAGGAGGAGCAGGAAGGAAAGGAGAGCGAAGAAGAUCGAGGGCAAAGCCAAGGCGAAAGUAAAGGCAACGAGCGAGCCAAUGUAGGGGAUCAAGGAAUAACAACAGGUGCAAUCGAAGGGGCUGAAGGAUCUUCCGCUGCUUUUGGUUUAGAGGCUAUGGAGAGCACUGAUGGAUUACGACCUAAUCGGAACUCUGUCAUAAAAUCAAAUCAUAGCACUCUUCGACUUAAGGAUUUAGAUCCUGCUGACAUUAAUGAGGAUGAAGUCAACAACCAGAUUUUGACACUAGAGUCUGAAGUUCAAGAUCUCCUGAUUCAAAACGCACCACUGAUGUUUGGUGCUGCAACCAGUAGUCAGAAUGCUCGAGGUGGAAGGAGCAGUGGGGCCGCAGCAUCAGCAAGCAAGACACGCGUCAUACGCGGUAUACCAAAGGAGCUGCUCCAGGGAGCGGCAGAAACAGCAGUGGCUUUAGAGGAUAGCAAGGUCGACGUGAUAGUAGACGAGGAUGGAUGUGUAGAAGAGGAAGAAAAGACAAUAGAGGAGUUACUGGCGGAACAGGACGAGCAACUCAAGCAUUUUCUAACGCGAUAGGAGAUAAAAAUUUAUUACCGAUUUAUUAAUUGUUAUUCAUUGAUCUAAUACAUGC